GCCCGCGCUCCUAGCUCCCAUUACGAAGCCGGUGGUGUGACGUCACGCUUGUCAUAUGACUUGCGGCCGCUCAGCAGUGUUCAGUAGCCGUCGGGUUCCGGGAGCGGCUGCGUUUCGCUGACCUCACCAGUAUAUCGCUCUUCUACCUCCGCGUCCCACGGCGGCACCAUGCUGGCCCUUAUCAACAAGCUGCUGGACUGGUUCAAGUCCCUGUUUUGGAAGGAGGAGAUGGAGCUGACGCUGGUCGGGCUGCAGUACUCCGGGAAGACCACCUUCGUGAACGUUAUUGCGUCUGGACAGUUCACAGAAGACAUGAUUCCCACUGUGGGUUUCAAUAUGAGAAAAGUUACUAAAGGCAACGUGACCAUCAAGGUUUGGGACAUUGGAGGUCAGCCAAGAUUUCGUAGUAUGUGGGAGCGCUACUGUCGAGGUGUUAAUGCAGUUGUGUACAUGGUAGAUGCAGCAGACUUGGAAAAAGUGGAAGCGUCAAAAUAUGAAUUGCACAACUUGCUCGAUAAACCACAGUUGCAUGGAAUCCCUGUUUUAGUGUUGGGAAACAAGAGAGACCUGCCUGGCGCACUGGAUGAAAAACAACUUAUUGAGAAGCUACACCUUUCAGCGAUUCAAGAUCGAGAAAUCUGUUGUUAUUCUAUUUCCUGUAAAGAGAAAGAUAAUAUAGACAUCACAUUGCAGUGGCUUAUUCAGCAUUCCAAGUCCAGACAUUACUGAAGAUCCACCACCAAACCAUCUUUCCCAAUAUCUUUUCCAUUCUGCCUGUUACAUGGUGGCAGAAAGAUGGCUGCUACUGGGAUUCACACAUCAUUUGGAGCAGUUUAUGCAAGGUUUAACUGCUGGUUUUUGAUGCUUUGUUUUUGUUUCUCUCGAAAAAUUGGAAAUGUGGUUUGUGGAUCUUUUUAUAGUCUGCAUUAUUGACCCUUUUAGCACUUGUGUAUAGGACGACAUGUAUCGACUUCUGUUCAGUAGUAUGUGAUGCACAGUGAAAUUUAGCCAUGUACAGUUUUUUUUUUGUCUAUACUCGGACGGUAAGAGGGCCCUUAUGCAAUAUGGGUUAACACAGAAGUGCAUUUUCCUGCCAGUGCAUACUGAAUUUACUCUUUUGUGCAAUGACUGCUCCAUUACAACCAUGUAUUCUGGAUUUAUGUAUUGCAUAUGUAUGUAAGCUACACGUGACCGUGCUUCAAUUUACCAAAUCCUGAUAUCUAUCUUUGUAGUAAAAACAAAUGAUGAGAUGAUUAUGAAUGUGUACGUAUUUGCCUUGGACACUUUUUAAUUCAGUUGCUGUAAAUAUUACUAGAACUCAUCGGGGUUGCCUUAAAUAUAUUAUGCAUAAUAAUGUGUGUCUGCCAAAGGUAUUUUCUUAAGAAGUUCAAUCAUUGUUGGUAAAUCUACAGCUAAUUGGGUUUACAGCCUGUGUAGUAUCAGUUUCCACUUCAGAUUUAACAUUUCUUUAAUGAAAUGUAAAAAACAAACAAAAAAUAAUAAUUGUAUUCCAUGUGAAAUGUUUGAUUUAAAACUUUUUAUACCCUAUGCAAAUGUUCCAGCGAUGUCCUCUUUCUAAAAAGCCCUUUCUCUUGAUAUCGCCCAUUUCCCUUCACUUCCCUUUCUUUUUAAUUUUUUAUUUUUUUUCCUUUUAACUAUAAAUCACUCCCUGCCAUCUACGGCUGUUUCCUGCAGAUUGUUGUAAAUUCUAAAUGAAAUCAUGUGUGGACUACACAAAGCGACCGGCUUCUGUUGGGUCACCAGACAUGCCACCAGUAUGGAAUAAGCACUUUAGGAGGGCCAGGUUUCAUGUCCCAUGACCCUUCCUUUGUCCUUCAGGCAGUAAUGAAUAUCCUGGAAAUACAUACCAGAUAGUGCGUUCUUUAGUUUACUAUUUGUGGUAUUGCUGUUGUAGUCCAGUAUGUGAAUGUAGUGAAAAAUGAUCGUGCCUAUAACAAGCUGCCCUAAGGCACAAAACUCAGCUGUAGUAUACCAUGGUAAUAAAUUCUGAAGAAUCUCUAUGAAGUAUUGUCCAUGCAUGUCAACAUCUAUCAACUGUUAAGAUGAACUUUGAUUCAAUAAAAAGGAGAGAUUUUCUGUGA